AUGUCUAAACUUGCAAAAAUGAUAUUUUUUGCAACAACAACAGCAACACUUAUUACUAUUGGUACUGUUCAUUAUAUUCAACAAGUGGAAAAAGAUAGAAUGUAUGCUGGUGUGCUUCGGGAUGAGGCACGUCAAGCAGUUCGUAAACAGCGCGAAAAAGAGCGAGUAAUUCAAGAACAACAGGUCCUUCACGAAAAAAAUCAAUCUGUAACUAUUAGUUUGGAACCUGAAAAUAGCAAUGAAAGAAAUACAUAG